UAAUGAACAUAUAUAAUUUUAGGCAAGUAUUUAGGAAAUUGUUAAAUCUAUAUGUAUGUAUAUCGGGAACAUUAUUUUUAGGUUACCUCCUAUAAACUUUCUUGACUGUAAUUUAUGAUUUGAAAUAGAGUUGCCACCGAUAGACAUCCAAAAAGUUUUAUAAAAUGUGUACAAACAUAAAGCAUUUAAUAAAGCAACCCAGGAAGUCAUGGGUACUGAAACUCCAACACAUUCAAAGAAAUUUUAAUAACACCACUACAUACACACAUAUGCAACAAAGGGCGAAAUGUGCAUAAACAUUUACCUCAACUCUUCUUUCGUACAGCACCCUGAAUGAUAGAAAGAAACAAAUAAAGUUUUCGUUUUUAAACAAGUUUUGUUUUGAGCUAUAUCAUGGCUGCUUGUGAAGUAUUAUUUUGCGUGUUUUAUUUAAAUCAGUGAUCUGUAGCCUAAUUAAAGUUUAAAAUAUUGAAGCACGCAUUUUAAAAACGUAAAAUAAAAGUUUUCUAAAGCCAAAAUAUGGAAUUGAAGAGGGUGAUACAGUAAUACUUCAUUGCAUUGUCAAUUCGAAGCACGCAAUAGAAGCUACGCCAACAAUGGUCAACAUCAAGGUCGAAACCAUUAAAUACAUAUUUCAAACCUCAUACAGCGCGUUAAAGAUACGCAACCUAAUUGAUGUCACUUAUGGUAGCAGCGUAGCACUUUCGAAUCGAUGGAAUAUGUGCUGCAAGCAAAUCCAGAACUAUAGAUGCAAACGCUGCUACAUCGAACACAAAUCAUUUACACACCAGAUAUUAGGUUUAAUCUCACUUUUUUACGUGCAAUUAAACCUUUUGCUCAACACAAGCCCGGGCCACAAGCCAGAACUGAAACGACAUUGUUUAGGUGCUUUUGUAACCGUUUAUCAUCAUGAGCUAGAGGGCAAAGCAGUUGCAGUAUUUUUAGAAUUACCGGCCCCUCAGUUGGACGUGCCAUUAGCAGCUAAAACUCAGAAAUUAAAGGGAGAAUUUUUUUGAUUAAUUUUCACCUUGUAUUGAGGAAUCAUAACGUUGUUGUAUCGCUUUACAAGGACAUGGAUUCACCGAAAUUAGUUCAAUGGAAAUAUUGUUGUCUGUGCUAGAUUUAGAAUUCCUGAAACAUAAGAAACCCUCCUCCCAGAAAAUGGACGAAUCUAGUACUAAUGAAAUUAAUGAAAGAACAGGCCGCUCGAGGUAUUUGACAUUUGCCACUCUUCCUCCAGCCUUUGUCAGAUAACAAAAAUUGUUCAAAUAUUCAAUACGUUUACAUAUGUAUAUAGUGUAGUACGAUAAUACAUUUAUAAAGUAAAUAUAAUAAUAAACACCUAAUUG